AUGGGGUCCAAUCAUCUCUCUGGAAACAUUCCUUCCCAAAUAUGCCUUUUGACAAGUUUACGCUUCCUUGCUUUGGCUGAAAAUUAUUUGAAUGGCUCUAUACCACCUCAAAUAGGCAUGUUGGUGUCUCUUGAAGUGAUGUAUGCUUAUAGUAACAAUCUUUCAGGUUCAAUUCCUGUGUCCAUUGGAAACCUGAGCAAGUUAACUGUUUUGGAACUUAGUGAAAAUAAAGUAGUUGGGUCCAUCCGCAAUGAGAUUGGGCAGCUUAAAUCACUCACUACCCUUUAUUUGGAUGCUAACCAACUCACAGGUUCAAUUCCUGUGUCCAUUGGAAACUUGAGCAAGUUAACUGAUUUAGAUUUUGAUGAGAACAAAAUAGUUGGGUCCAUCCCCAAUGAGAUUGGACUGCUUAAAUCACUCAUUGGCCUUUAUUUGUUUGAUAACCAACUAACUGGCUCAAUUCCUGUGUCCAUUGGAAACUUAAGUAGGUUAUCUUCUUUGGAACUUGGUGGAAACAAAUUAGUUGGGUCCAUUCCAAAUAAUAUUUGUCUUGGUGGAAAGCUUACAUGGUUUACAGCGGGUAAAAUUCCUAAGGAAUUGGGACAGCUGAAAAUGUUGUACAUACUCAAGCUCAACAAUAAUUCCCUUUCUAGCAAUGUUCCUGUGGAAAUUGGAAUGAUGUCAGACCUUGAAACACUUGACCUUGCAGCCAACCAAUUGAUUGGACCAAUUCCCAUGCAUUUGGAACAAUGUUCAAAACUACUGCAUUUAAACUUGAGGAAUAACAAAUUUAGUGGAAUUAUUCCCUUCCAAAUUGGGAAUCUGCUCUCCCUUGAAGAUCUUGAUCUAAGUAAGAAUUUGCUUUUAGGAGAGUUGCCUUCGGAGCUUGGUCAUUUGGAUAAGCUAGAAACAUUUAACCUCUCACACAACAAUCUAUCAGGCUUAAUACCAUUCAUGUCUAAUGAAUUGUUAAGCUUGACAACUGUUGAUAUAUCCUACAAUCAGUUAGAAGGUCCUCUGCCCCACAUCAAAGCUUUCACUGAAGCUCCAAUCGAAGCCUUGGAAGGUAAUAAAGGAUUGUGCGGCAAUAACCCUAGUUUGAAGCCUUGCCCCACAUCUAAAGAUGAAAAUAGAAAUCAAGCUGUAAUUGCAGUGAUAGUAUCUAUCUCCAGCAUUCUAUUUUUAUUGUUUAUCAUUGGUGGGAUUCUUUUUGUUUGCCAAAAAAGAGUGAGGAAUACGGAUGAACCAAGAGAAACCAAAACUGAAGCUUUCUUUGCAGCAUGGAAUCACGAUGGGAAAAAAGUUCAUGAAGAAAUAGUAGAAGCAACAGAGAAUUUUGAUUCCAAAUAUUGCAUUGGAGUUGGAGGGAAUGGAAGUGUAUAUAAAACCCUACUAUCAACUGGUCAAAUUGUUGCUAUGAAAAAGUUCCAUGAGAAUGAUGGAAUAGACCAUCAACAAGCUUUCAAAAGUGAGACAAGUAUUUUGCCAAAAGUGCGCCAUCGAAACAUCAUCAAGCUUUUUGGAUUUUGUGUGCAUACAAGAUACUCAUUUUUGGUGUAUGAGUUCAUGAAACUGGGAAGUUUGGUAAAGAUAUUGAGUGACAAUGAAAAGGCAAUGGAGUUGGAAUGGUUCAAGAGAGUGAAUAUUGUCAAAGGUUUGGCAAACGCGAUAUCCUAUCUGCACCAUGAAUGUUUUCCAGCUAUAGUCCACAGAGACAUAUCUAGUAAGAAUGUUCUGUUGGACAAUGAAUGUGAAGCUCACAUUUCUGACUUUGGUUCUGCUACAACUUUAGAUCCAGACUCAUCAAAUUGGACUCCAUUUGCAGGAACCUUAGGUUACUCAGCCCAGCUAGAGCUUGCUUAUACAAUGGAAGUAAAUGAGAAGAUUGAUGUCUACAGCUUCGGAGUUGUUGCAUUAGAAUCUAUCAUGGGAGAGCAUCCCGGAGACCUCAUAUCAUCUCUGUUAUCAUCACCAUUACAUGCUGUUGAUGCUCUGCUUAAGGAUGUACUUGACCAACGUCUCUCACCUCCAAAGCGGCAAAUAGCAGACCAAGUGGUCUCCAUUGCAGAAAUAGCAUUUGCUUGCGUGCGACAAAGUCCACAGUCACGACCAACUAUGAAGCAAGUAUCUCAGAAGCUGUCGACUCCAUUACAAUCAUUAUCAGUGCCUUUUCAUAUGGUUACAAUAAAGCAGCUGUUUGAUUCCCCAACAUGGACAUCCUAA